AUGGAUCAGGUAAACUGUCCGAGCUCCACGCGAGAGCCGAACGGCUCGCAAAUGCAACCGGGUACAUGCUUGACCACGGCUAUUGAUGUUCAUUGGUGCAUGGUGAAGGGCCAAGCUGUUGCGGAGACUGGGCAGCUGAGCGUGCUUGCUGAUUUGCAGUUGAACUUCCCGCUCGGCCCUGUAAAAGCGCAAGGGGCUCCUUCAGUACAAUGUCUAUGGCUAAAACGACCGCAGUCCAAGACUCGGAGAUUUCUGGCAGAUGAUGCUUCAGCGGGGAGCAAGUCAGAAAAGCUGGAGUGGUCCAAGGUAGUCUGA